AUGCAGGUUGACGUCCUAAUAAAUUUAGUUCGAGAGCGUCCUGCUAUAUAUGAUCCCACUGAUCGUAGCCACCGGGAUCGUGAUGUCACCCUAAAGAAAUUCAAGAUGAUGCCCAAGAGAUAUGGUGAAGCUGGGAAGGAACAGUAUCUUGCAGAGUACAUCAGAUACCGACGACUGAACGGAACUAAGAAAAGUAGACCGCCGAGGUUAAAGCCACUCGACACGAGCAAGAAAUCGAACGCUGACAGUGAUGACAAAAAACAAAACACUAGCAAGGGGGACUCAACUAAAACCGACGACACGGCAGCCAAGAAACGAGAGGAGGAGAGACUUAAACAGGAGCAAGAAGAGAAGAGAAGGAGGGAUGAAGAAGAAGAACGCAAGCGCAAAGAAGCAGAGGAUAGACGUCGAAAAGGAGAACAACGGCGCAAAGCGGAAGAGGAAAGAAGACGAGAGGAAGAGGAAAGGAGAGGUCGGAGGCAGGUAGAUGAAGCAGGGAAACGUAAGCCGCAGAGUCAGAGUGCCUCCAACGGGGAUGGGAAUAACCCUGGAAGGGACGGCGACGGGGUCAGGAGUUUAGAUCGUAACCCCAAAAAGACGUAUUCGGAGAAAGUGACGGAGGUAGAGCAGGCUGACGAUUUCCAGGACUUCUGGAAGUGGAUCCACAACGGCAAGAAGGACGACUUCGGGGUGUCAAAGAAGCUCCUGUUGCUAGAAAAAGACUGA